AUGUCAUCGUCAAGGUCCAAGCUCCCUCUGCUCCUGUUUGGUAUCCUCCUUUGCAGUUCCUUUGCUCCUCUCCCAGUUAUCAGCAGUAAGAGACAUAGCAUACGGAGUGCCGGGCCAUUGGUGCGUGCCUUCAGCAGCUGCUGGGACAAAAGGGAGGUGACUGCUAGAGAUGGAGAAUACCUGCUAGGGAUAAAGAGGCUAAGAAGACUUUACUGUAAUGUGGGCAUUGGCUUCCACAUUCAGGUCUUACCAAAUGGGAAGAUCGCAGGCGUGCACAAUGAAAACAGAUACAGCAUUCUGGAGAUGUCCCCAGUGGAGAGAGGAGUGGUCACUCUGUUUGGAGUGAGAAGCGGCCUCUUCAUUGCCAUGAGCAACAAAGGGAAACUCUACGGCUCGGGUCGAUACAAUGAUGAAUGUAAGUUCAAGGAGAAUCUUCUGGCCAACAAUUAUAAUGCUUAUGAAUCCGCCGCAUACCCCGGGAUGUACAUCGGCCUCGGCAAGACUGGCAAAACCAAGAGAGGCAACCGGGUCACACCCACCAUGACAGUGACACACUUCCUGCCUCGGAUAUGA